AUGCAGGCCAAAUACAGCCCAACCCAAUUUUCAUCCUUGACCUCGGACGAAGAGGUCCUCCUAGCGCGCCAGGGCUGGCAGGCGGAAGCCGUCGAGAACACCAACAGGGCGAUGUUCCUCUCGAAUCGACCGCGCUGGAAACACCUGGGAGGCGGCCAUGAAGGCGACGUCUACCUCUUCAACAACUCCAUCAUCAAGGUCUUCAAUGAAGGCAACAGCCCCUUACGCAACUGCGUUCCUGGUGCAUCGCAGACGCGCUGGCCCACAGAGAUCCCUGCCACCCUGCUGCUUGGCGGUCACGGUGACAUGGAGCGUGAGAGCCUCAGCAUACACGAAGAAGAGAGCGACCCCUUCAGCAGCAUGUUCGUCCCCGUUCAGGACUAUUUUCUCACCUCGCCCCGCGACCAUGAACCCCCCAAGUGGCAUCUCGUCACCCCCUUCCUGCGGGCUGGCACCGCCGAGAAGCUCGCUCACGACCUGAGCACGGCCCCGGAGCCCUUUGAUCAUCUUGAAAUCGACCGCACAUACCGUCCGGCCUUCAACGCUCUGCUCUCAGCCUUGGCGCACAUGCACACUGCGCACAACCUGUGUCACGACGAUGUCAAGCUCGACAAUAUCUUUAUCGCCUCGAGAACAGAUUCGACACGCUGGGUCUUCGCCGACCUGGGCAAUGCCCGUCAGCCGGAUCAUCCGUACCAUGCUUCGGCUUUGUGGACAGCAGAUACGGAUCAGCACAGGGACUGUCGGGUCAACGAUGCCGUGCGUCUUACCAAGUCGUAUCUACAGUUUGUGCGCGGUGCCGCCGCUGACCGCGCUGCUUUUGACGAAGCCUUCUUUCGGGGCGAGGCGCCGCUCAGCAGGCUCUAUUGGAGCGUCGUCGGGGAGCCACCGGCGAAGGCAGCCGUGGGCGUUCGGGAGAGGUCGGUCAUGUACGCGCCGUACGUGGACGGCUGGGAGGCGCCAGGAGCUGCGUUGCGGCUGCCCGAGUCGGCGAGGCCUCCUGCAGGCGCAGUCAGGGGGAUUUUGGGGUUUUUCCUCGGCGCAGAGAACGCGGCGGCCGUCGACGUCUCACGGACUCUUCGGAUUGGAGCAAACGAGAGGUUGGGUCGCGUGUUUGGGAUGACGGGGCUCUUCGGGGUUCCGAAAUCUGGGUGCGCUUGA